UUCCACAUGAAAACAUGAGAGCUUCAAGACUAAGUGUGCGAAUUGGGUGCGCCUUGGGUGCGUGGGGGCCAACUUCCGCGUUUGUUGUUCCAAACAGUUUAUCCAGCGGCUUUAUCUCGGCUUCCUCUCGGCAGCGGGCGGCCGUCGGAGCGUGUGCACCGCCGCAAUGGCGGCCGAGGGCUCACAAUCGACUGCAAACUCGACUGAUGAUGAGUUCACCGCAGACCUUGAAUCCAGAAUCCUUCACAGAGCGAGCCUGGGAGGCAAUGGGCAGGCUACCGGCCCUUGCUGAUCUCAACCAAGCUCAGAUGGUCGAGAGUGAACUGCUUACCAAGUCGCUCCUUGAUGAAGGGGCUGAAGGUCUUACUCAGCGCAUUCUCCAAAAAGCGGGGGUGGAUACGUCCAGGUUCAGCUCUGACCUUGACUCGUUUCUGUCAAAGCAAGGGCGUGUGUCGGACACUAGCUCCAAAUCGAUGGGCCAGACCCUCCAAAAAGUCAUCGUGGCGGCCUCGGCAGCUCAAGCUGAACUCGGAGACAGCUUUGUCUCUGUAGAGCAUCUCUUCCUGGCCCUGGCACGGGAAGACACCCGCUUUACGAAGAAAGCCUUGCAAGAUCAGGGCACCGACGACAAGAAGAUUUUGGAUGCUGUGAACGCAAUCAGGGGCCCGCAGAAAGUCACAAGCAGGAACCCUGAGGCUGCGUAUGAGGCGCUCGAGAAGUAUAGUCGAGACUUGACACAGGCCGCCCGAGACGGGAAGCUGGACCCUGUUAUUGGACGCGACGACGAGAUCCGCAGGACGAUCCAGAUUCUUAGCAGGCGCACGAAAAACAACCCUAUUCUUCUGGGAGAGCCAGGAGUGGGCAAGACUGCGAUUGCUGAAGGGCUCGCGCAGCGUAUCGUUGCGGGUGACGUCCCGGAAUCUCUUAAAGGCCGCCAGCUAGUGUCGCUCGAUAUGGGAGCUUUAAUCGCAGGCGCCAAGUACCGCGGAGAGUUCGAAGAACGCCUCAAGGCAGUGUUGAAGGAGGUUACGGCGAGCGACGGGCAGGUCGUGAUGUUCAUCGACGAAAUUCACACCGUGGUAGGCGCUGGGGCGACAUCCGGGUCCAUGGAUGCAAGCAACCUUCUCAAACCGAUGCUGGCUCGCGGCGAGUUAAGGUGCAUCGGUGCUACAACACUGAACGAAUACAAGCAGAACAUGGAGAAAGACAAGGCCCUGGAGAGGAGGUUUCAGCAAGUUUUCGUGAAGCAGCCGAACGUGGAGGAUACUGUGAGCAUCCUACGUGGUUUGAAAGAACGUUACGAAGUGCACCACGGAGUUCGACUGCAGGAUGCAUCGCUCGUCGCCGCCGCUCAGCUCAGCCAUCGAUACAUCGCAGACAGAUUCCUUCCUGAUAAAGCCAUCGAUCUUGUGGAUGAAGCAGCUGCCAAACUCAACAUCGAGGCAAGUAACGAGCAAGCCCCAGAUGAUUGAUGAAGUGGACAGGCGUCUUAUCCAGCUGGAGAUGGAGAAGCUGUCACUUGGCAAAGAGACUCGAGCGGAUGCCUUGAAGCGA